AUGCAUUAUCUAUCGCUCACUAUUGAUACGCUAAGAAAAUUUCGUUUAGAAACUCCGAGUGUGAGAUGUGGGCCGGAAAAGAUUUCAAUCGAAGGAAACACUGAAGAAGUAUUUGAGGGUGUGAUAUUCAUAAAGAAUCAUCGGAGAAAAGAAGGAUGUUCAGCCAGUUACGGCGUUGAUAGUAAUUCGACAAAUCCUAGUUAUUCGAUUGCUUUAGACAGCAUUGCACAAUGUGGUCUUGAAUUGAGACGAAAUGUUAGUUCUUUUCGUUUCUCCAGAAUCCAGAGAACUGGAAAUAUUCACCGUGUUCGUGUUCAGCUUUCAUCCGAAUUUCGUCACAGCUGGCGAUCGUUCUUUCGCUGUACACUGUAUAUUCCUUCAACAGCAAGUGACGAUCGCCACCAAAUUCAAUUUUAUAUCGUAAGUUCAACGAUCAGUUCGGGUCGAGUCCCCAAUCCAUCGCUACAACCCGCUCGUACGGUUGCAAUAGGUGAACAGCUAAUGUAUGUUUGGUAUCUCAAAGCGGAUACAGAGAUUUAUGGUAUUCGAGUGCGAGAUUGUUUCGCCGAAACAAAGGAUGGUCAGAAGAUGAAAAUUAUUAACAAUGGUUGUACGACCGACUCGUUGAUUGUCUCGAAUGUACAGUACUCAGAAAACGGCUUGAAGGCAUUUGCCGAUGCAACGGCAUUCAAAUUCCCAGACGCUGAAGAUGUUUGGCUGACUUGUUCAGUGAGCAUUUGCAUUCGACAUUUCGAGCAUUUAAUCGCAAACAGUGAGGAAAGUCUUUGUGAGACACAACCGAAAUGCAAUGAACGCGAGAAAAGAUCUACGGAACAAGAAGCAUCAGCAGUGAGUAUCUAUUCCAUCGAUGAUCUGGUUCAUCAUAAACUACGUGUUACUGAUUCACCAUCCUACGAGGCAUUCCCAUUGAAACAGCAAAACAGCACAUCGAACGGUUACACAAUUUUCAAACCGAUUUCAGUCGUCAACGGUGAUAGCGCAACAGAAGCAGUGCAGUUGUGUCUCCAGAAAGGAGCAUUCGCUGGUGUAUCGGCGGCGCUUUUGAGUACAUAUUUUGUGACGAUUUGUCUUGCUGGUGCUAUGGGUUUUUCGUUGUAUCGAUCUCAUCACCAAAAACCGACAUGUUGA